CCUCCCGCAAAAUACCUACCUACAUGAUGGAGUACAAAUUUCACUUUGACGUUUUUCCUCUUGUUACUCAUGGGUUUAUACUCCAUUGACAGCUCACAGUUCCCUUUGUGGCUCUUGGUCUCCGAGGUCAUCAUUUGUUGGGACACUCCAUUACACUACCACCUCAUUCUCCUUUCUGUGAAUGCCAAACCUCGUCUUUCAGAUCCCGGGGAUGGCUAGACUGCCAAACCGCUGGGCUUCCGGCCAGCAGCUCAUGCCUCUCAAACAAACAACAAUGAUUCUCCAAAGGAACGGGCUGACGGCCGCUUUUGGCUUCUGCUCUGGCUUGGUCAUGGCUGUUCUUUUUGGAGAAGCCAUCUGUAACCCUGGUACCCCGGCUGUGGCAGUGGCGGGAUCCGACCAGCUGGACUCUGUUUCUCUUGUAACCCCUGAAGGCGUCGAACGCACAACGGGGACGGCGUCCGGAAGGCGUCCCUGGUGGCCCAAAGAUGAAGGGCAGAUGAUGCUUGACAUUAAUGAUGAUGGUUGUCGUAAUGGGGGUGUUUAAGGUGCAGUGAUCCUGGUAGGUCCUAGGCAAGAACGUUAUUUGGAGAGUCACUUAGGGGAGAAGUGUGUCUACUAGGAGUGUGAGUGGACGCAUACAACGUGGCAGGCGAACACCUUCCACUGCCCUCUCAAAGAGUCAGUUGGCUUCUGCAGACCCUCACCAGGGCGUCCAGGUACACACGGACCUUUAAAAUCUCGGCCCAGGCAUACCAAGAAGAAAAAUGGCUGUGAAGGUCUUGUGGUCUAAGCUGGACCCUGAACUUGUCUUUUUCGGCCGCAGCGAAGUU